UCAGUACCUUUCUCGGUAGUCCCUGGAUUUUGGCGGGUCUGGGUUGUGACGUAGGCUUCGUCACAGUGUAGUGGGAGGGGCUUGGAGUGCAGCGGGAGGCCGGUGUUAGCAGCUGCGGUCGGAGCUGAGCUGAGAGAAUUGUUAGUGAGCGAAACUUAACCGCUAAGAUGUCUGACGAGGAGCAAGAGCAGACUGUAGCGGAGGAUUUGGUGGUCACCAAGUACAAGAUGGGGGGCGACAUCGCCAACCAGGCUCUUCGUCUGGUUGUGGAAGCAGCCAAGUCGGGGGUGUUGGUGCUCAGCCUCUGUGAGAAGGGGGAUGCCUACAUCAUGGCAGAGACUGGAAAGGUCUUCAAGAAGGAAAAGGAAAUGAAGAAAGGCAUUGCAUUUCCCACCAGCGUCUCAGUCAAUAACUGUGUUUGCCACUUCUCUCCCCUGAAGAGUGACCCUGACUACACACUUAAAGAUGGUGAUCUGGUCAAAAUAGAUCUAGGGGUUCAUGUUGAUGGCUUCAUUGCCAAUGUUGCUCACAGUUUUGUUGUGGGAGCUAGUAAGGAGAAUCCAGUCACAGGCCGCAAAGCUGAUGUAAUCAAAGCGGCCUAUCUGUGCGCAGAAGCAGCUCUUCGCCUUGUUAAGCCUGGUAACCAGAACACUCAAGUGACAGAAGCCUGGAACAAGAUUGCACAGUCAUUCAAAUGCUCGCCAAUUGAAGGUAUGCUGUCUCAUCAGCUGAAGCAGCAUGUUAUAGAUGGAGAGAAGACCAUCAUUCAGAACCCAACAGACCAGCAAAGGAAGGACCAUGAGAAGGCAGAGUUUGAGGUACAUGAAGUUUACGCCGUGGACGUUUUGAUUAGCAGUGGAGAAGGGAAGGCCAGAGAUGGAGGUCUGAGAACCACCAUUUAUAAGAGGGACCCUAGUAAGCAGUAUGGACUGAAGAUGAAAACGUCCCGUACUUUCUUCAGCGAAGUGGAACGACGCUUCGAUGCCAUGCCCUUCACUCUCAGGGCGUUUGAGGAUGAGGCCAAGGCCCGUCUGGGUGUGGUGGAGUGUGCCAAACAUGAACUGCUACAGCCCUUCACUGUGCUGCAUGAGAAAGAAGGAGAGUUUGUAGCUCAGUUUAAGUUCACGGUGCUGCUGAUGGCCAACGGGCCUCACAGAAUCACCAAUGGACCUUUUGAUCCAGAGCUCUACAAGUCAGAGUAUGAAGUUCAGGAUCCAGAGCUAAGGACCUUACUACAGAGCUCUGCAAGCCGUAAGACACAGAAGAAAAAGAAAAAGAAGGCCUCAAAGACAGCAGAAAAUGCAGCUGGACAGCCAACGGAGGGCACAGAAGCAGCAACAGAGUAAAGAGAUAUUGCCUCUCCAUACACGCAAGACUCCAAAGAGAAGCAAGAGAGGACAUGAGAAACUGCUUGUCAUAUCCCUAAUAGUUGGUUUCACAAAUUAAACCAGUGAAUUUAUUAGAACUUUGGAAUCAGUUCAAUAUUUGAUGAUCCCACAGGGACAUUCAACCCUUUACUGCAGUAAUCAAAGUACCAUAGAAGGAUUUUUUUUUUUUUGUAGGAAGUAGACUGCAUAUAGUUUUCACACCUUUGAAAAGACUUGUUGCCACAUGGUUUAUGCAUGAAUGAUGCUUGUUUUAAAAAUCCAAAUUUGUAACUUUUUUUUAAAACGCCCUCAAUGCUUUAAUUUUUGCAGCUGAUAAUUUCCUUUUAAGUGACAUGUCAAUGGGAGUGGAUCAGAUUGUUUUUGAUUUCUAACUAGGAAUACAUUUCAUCUCACUGUAAAGGCACCAGCCUAUCUGAGGCCACCAUGUAUUCCCUGUUGGGAUGGGAUGUUUCCCUCUGGCAACAAAAUUAAGUCAAGGUACAAACUUGUUCAUAGUUAAACAAAAAAAUGCAUUGUCAAAAUGAAGAUGCAGAUUUUUUUGUGAUAGACAACUUUGUCACCUUGUAAAAGUGGAAAGACAGGAUGACAGUUGCUGUGUUAUUUCAACAAUUACGACAUAAAAGCAUUUAAUCGAACAAUUUUUCUUGAAUAUACCAUGCAGUAAAGGGUUAAAUUACUCUCCCUCUUCAGAUAGCAAAUAAUGUUAAAUUUUAAGAAAAAGUGACUCAAAAGUGAUGAAUUGUAAUUUUAUAUAAUGAGGGUUUAUGGUUGCUCUUCUCAUGACCUAACCACAUGUUUAGGUCAAACUACAGUGUUUUAACCACACUAGAUUUUUUUUAAAGCAAUAAACUGAGCAGAAGACUGGAAUAUUUCUAAGUC